GAAACGAGCGGACAGUAGGAAACCCGUAGCUGUAUUGGAUGUGUGAUAUUUGCUGUCGUGAUUGUUGUUAGGAGACACAACCGCCCCCUCGGGACCCAGCAGUGACGUCACCCAGCAUCCGAGCUCCGCCGAGAGCUGAAGCGGGAGGGUCUGAGCUUUGCGUGCGGUCUCAGGUACACACCCCGGGAUGCCUCCAGGUUUAGGAGGACAGUGAGACGAAAAAAAUAUCUUUCGCGUUCUAUAUAUAUGUGUGUAUAUAUAUAUUCGAGGACAGUUCAAGUGAAUAAACGUCUGUAUUGUGAACUUGAGCAGAGCGUGGCGGGGCGCGGCCUCCUCCUGGAGCAGGAUCUCGGAUCUCCUCGGCAGUGUUGACACCCCAUCAGCUCUGGGGGAAAGAUGGCGGACCCGGCGGAGUGCACCAUCAAAGUGAUGUGCCGCUUUAGGCCACUCAACAAUUCCGAGGUGGAAAGAGGGGAUAAAUAUAUCCCUAAAUUCCAAGGAGAAGACAAUGUGGUGAUCGGGGGAAAGCCGUACAUGUUUGACCGUGUUUUCCAGUCCAACACUACCCAGGAGCAGGUGUACAACGCCUGCGCUCAGAAGAUUGUUAAAGAUGUGCUUGAGGGUUAUAAUGGUACAAUAUUUGCCUAUGGACAGACCUCAUCUGGAAAAACACAUACUAUGGAGGGUAAUCUGCAUGACCCAGAUGGAAUGGGAAUCAUUCCACGUAUUGUACAGGACAUAUUUAACUACAUUUACUCCAUGGAUGAAAACCUGGAAUUCCAUAUCAAGGUCUCCUAUUUUGAAAUCUACCUGGAUAAAAUCAGAGACCUGCUGGAUGUGUCCAAGACUAAUUUAUCUGUGCAUGAAGACAAGAACAGGGUCCCAUAUGUCAAGGGUUGCACUGAGCGCUUUGUUUGCAGCCCAGAUGAGGUGAUGGACACUAUUGACGAGGGCAAAUCCAAUAGACAUGUGGCUGUGACAAACAUGAAUGAGCACAGCUCUAGGAGUCACAGCAUCUUCCUGAUUAAUGUGAAGCAGGAAAACACACAGACAGAGCAAAAACUGAGCGGGAAGCUGUAUCUGGUCGAUCUGGCAGGCAGUGAGAAGGUCAGUAAAACUGGAGCUGAAGGAGCUGUGUUGGAUGAAGCCAAAAACAUUAACAAGUCCCUCUCUUCACUGGGAAAUGUCAUUUCUGCACUGGCUGAAGGAUCGACGUAUGUUCCAUAUAGAGACAGUAAGAUGACUAGGAUUCUUCAGGACUCUCUGGGUGGCAACUGCAGGACUACCAUCGUCAUCUGCUGCUCUCCCUCCGCUUAUAAUGAGGCUGAGACCAAAUCUACACUGAUGUUUGGACAGAGAGCAAAGACCAUUAAGAACACAGUGACUGUCAAUGUGGAGUUAACAGCAGAACAGUGGAAGAAAAAAUAUGAGAAGGAAAAAGAGAAGAACAAGACCCUUCGUAACACCAUUACCUGGCUGGAAAAUGAGCUCAACCGCUGGAGGAAUGGUGAGACUGUGCCGGUCGAUGAGCAGUUUGAUAAAGAGAAGGCCAACGCUGAGGUAUUGGCUCUGGAUAACACCAUGAACAACGACAAGAUAGCUUCCACUCCCAACAUCCCUGGAGUGCGUCUGACAGACACGGAGAGAGACAAGUGUGAGGCUGAGCUGGCCAAGCUCUACAAGCAGCUCGAUGACAAGGACGAUGAGAUAAAUCAGCAGUCUCAGCUGGCUGAGAAGCUCAAGCAGCAGAUGUUGGACCAGGAAGAGCUUCUGGCCUCUUCACGGCGAGACCACGAUAACCUGCAAGCAGAGCUGAUGCGUCUGCAAAUGGAGAACGAAGCAUCUAAGGAGGAGGUGAAGGAGGUGCUGCAGGCACUAGAGGAACUUGCAGUCAAUUAUGACCAGAAGAGCCAGGAGGUGGAGGAUAAGACCAAGGAGUUUGAGACCCUCAGUGAGGAACUCAAUCAGAAAUCGAGUGUUUUAGCCUCUUUAGACUCUGAGCUGCAGAAGCUAAAGGAGAUGACCAACCACCAGAAGAAGAGGGUGACUGAGAUGAUGUCAUCACUGCUUAAAGACCUGGCAGAGAUUGGCAUUGCUGUGGGCAGCAAUGACAUCAAGCAGCAUGAGGGCAGUGGGAUGAUUGAUGAGGAGUUUACUGUGGCCAGGCUUUACAUCAGUAAGAUGAAGUCAGAGGUUAAGACCCUGGUGAAGCGCAGCAAGCAACUGGAGGCAGCUCAGGCAGACAGCAACAAGAAGAUGGAUGAGAACGAGAAAGAACUGGCUGCAUGCCAGCUGCGCAUCUCUCAGCAUGAGGCUAAAAUAAAGUCUUUAACGGAGUACCUUCAGAAUGUGGAACAGAAAAAGAGGCAGCUGGAGGAAAAUGUCGACUCACUCAAUGAGGAACUUGUCAAAAUCAGUGCACAGGAGAAAGUUCAUGCUAUGGAGAAAGAGAACGAGAUUCAGACGGCCAAUGAGGUCAAGACACUUCACUACAGUACACUUCUCUUCAGUGGGGCUGCAGUGGAGCAGCAGAUCCAGAACCACAGGGAGGCUCAUCAGAAGCAGCUCAGCAGCCUGAGAGAUGAACUCGAGAUUAAGGAGAAACUCAUUACUGAACUGCAGGACUUGAACCAGAAGAUCAUGUUGGAACAGGAGCGUCUCCGGGUGGAACAUGAGAAGCUCAAAUCUAUGGACCAGGACAAGAGCCGCAAGCUGCACGAGUUAACGGUUAUGCAAGACAGAAGGGAGCAGGCCAGACAAGACCUCAAGGGCCUGGAGGAGACAGUUGCUAAAGAGCUGCAGACUCUCCAUAACCUGCGAAAAUUAUUUGUACAGGACUUGGCAACCCGGGUCAAGAAGAGCGCUGAGAUGGACUCGGAUGACACUGGUGGCAGCGCAGCUCAGAAACAGAAGAUCUCCUUCCUGGAGAACAAUCUAGAACAGCUUACUAAAGUCCAUAAGCAGCUGGUGCGUGAUAAUGCUGAUCUGCGCUGUGAGCUGCCUAAGCUGGAGAAACGUCUGCGUGCGACUGCUGAGCGUGUGAAGGCUCUGGAGACGGCACUGAAGGAGGCCAAAGAGAAUGCAGCACGUGACCGCAAACGCUAUCAGCAGGAGGUGGACCGCAUUAAAGAGGCCGUCAGAGCCAAGAACAUGGCUCGCAGAGGACACUCAGCACAGAUCGCCAAACCCAUCAGACCAGGCCAACCACCUGUGGCUUCUCCCACCCACCCGAACAUCAACCGCACUGGGGCAGGGAUCUUCAAUAACCAGACAGUGGCCAUCCGGGGAGGAGGCGGAGCCAAACAGUAAAAAUAAUUUCAAGUCUGCAAGUCUAGAUGAAGUCAAAAGAACUGAGCUGGCCUUCCAACACUGGACAGUUCAACAGGCCUAACACUUUAAACUAUAUAUAUUUGAAUAUAAGUAUAUAUGUAUGAAAUAUUCCUACAUUGGCUGUACAGUUGUCCUCUCUGGUCAUAUGUUUAGAAGUUCCAUUUCCCUGUUUAAACACACACCAAAAAAAGAGAAAGAAAUAGGACAAAAAUGAGUGCAAUCACUGCUCUGUAAGUAGCUUGUAGCUUCACUCUUAAAUGCAUUAGAUUUUUAGCCCUCACUGUGCCAAGCAGAAUGUAUCCUCAAAAAUAAACAAAGAUUAAAAAAAAAAAAAAAGGCAGGAAUGAAUGGAAAACUAACUUCCAAAAAAGGGUAAACAGAAACCCAGCUACUGCAUCCUCCUGGAUUAUUCAUGUAUGCAUCAUGCUACUUGUUUUUAAUUGUUUUGGAGAGAGUGACUUUGUUCUUUCUUACUUCCACUGAGCAGUUUCCAAUAAACUAAUUCACUUGAAUGGAUAAGUUAAACACUACAGUCAGAGUAUGUGAACACAACCUGUUUCUGUGCACUGGGUUAAGUUCUUGGGGCCUUAGCAUGCUAAUAUGUUAUAAAAAGGAAUAAAGUAAGUGGAACAAAAAUGAAGGUUUUAAGAGAACACAAAGCUGCUGAUUGUAGACACUCCACAUCUUACUUUAAAGCACUGUACAAAAACGUAGUGGUAAAUGUGCAUCAUUACUGAUGAUAGUAAUAUCGGCAUUACGAAAUAUGUGUAAAAGCUCAGUCUCUGUGUAAAUGGAAGGUCAUGUUCUAGAUAUUGCUGUUUUUAUAAUGGAUGGAUUUAACAAAUCAGUCACUACUCAUCAGUUGAUCCUAUUGAUUGGGAGUACUGCCUUAUAGCCUUUCAUUAGUUCAGCCUGUGAUCUAAUAUAAUGUGGAUAUGUGAAGAAAUGCAGUAGCAUUUUAACUAAUAGAUUUAGACAUUUUACCUCCAAUGGGCUUUGAGAAUUCCCCUUUAAGGAAGUGGUGUUGGGUUAUUUUAAUCUCUCCUUUUAGUAAGCGAUCAUGUUCGUUACACCCAUCAUAAGCAAUAUAGAGAAUGUUGGCUUUGUUGUCUUACUCAGCUUAAAAGCAGCUGUUCUCUGUAUCUUGGUACGGAUGCAACACUUGCAGAAAUGGGCAGAAUUUAUUCUACAUAAUUACUCCGUUUUGUUCAUCUCUAAACAAACCUGUUCAAUGUUUGAAAUAAUAGUCGAACAUGACCAUUUUGGAAAUGCUUCAGCAAACACCAUGGCCAAUCUUUGCAGGAGAUCAGUCAUUGAGCGUCAGUGGUCAUUGACUGUGAUUCUGAAAUCUGCCAUUGCAGAUUGUAUGGACUAAAUGCUUUCAUAAAUCUGGCUCUAAGCUUUGAUCAUGCUUUAGCUCACGAGUAUUUAUUGUGAUUAAAUGUAGCCAUUGUGUUUGGCUUGCACAUUUAAUAAAAUCCAAAUCACUUAAAUGUUUCAUACCCACCACUGUUUUUGAGUUUUGUUGCCUUUGUGAUUGCAGUUAGAAAUCUAGGUUUGAUCAUUCUUUCCUCUUGUCCAGUUCUAAGACUCAGCAUGACCUUGCAGCGUUUUACGGCCUAGCUGAAUUUACAAUAGGGUCUAUUUAAUAGUUAUUUACCACGUUUUCAUUGUAUUUGCAGGUGGAUGUUUUAUUUAUUGAUGUUUUAAUAUAGACAUGGGAAUUUUUGUUGUUUCAGUUUUUUUUUUUUUUAAAGUUUAUUUUCUCUUUGCUUCCACUGUCAGGUUUCCUUUCUGAUGACAUUUUCACCUACAUCUUCUUAGUCCUCUGUAAAUUUUGGUUGCUAUAGCAAGCAGGGUGAUGGCUGAAUAACUGAUUAGAAAUGAAUUUAUUUGUGCAAUAUGGAUCGGCAUAAUUAAUUUUACAGAAUAUUGAUGUAAGUGAUACAUUAAGGAUAACUUAAACACGACUGGCCUGGUUUUAUUCAAUUUCCCUCUGUACUCUUUGAAAGCACUUUAAAUGUUCCAUCUCAGUUGAACGCCUCACUUAUUGUAAUCAGAGUUAAAACGUUUCAUGUCAAAUUGAUUAGAUGAUUAGGUUUUUUUUUUCUUUGCUGAAUUUUGUAAUUGUUAUUUUUGAACAGUUUUGCUUACAGAGACCAUUUUGUCUUGAAUCUGCGUUGUAGUUUAAAAGAUAACAGUACCUGUGAUGAUGGAGAGGGCUCUUGGUGUGUUAUAAACUCAGCUCUCUGAGUUGUGCAGAGUCAUAAACUGGACUGAACUGUAUAUUUCUUCUGAAUGCUUACUGUAGGGCAGGUUUUCACCCCUUGACAUGAAAUAAAAUUAAUGGCAUAAAA